GGGGCUCAUUUCUUCAAUUGUUCAGCGACAACUUGGUUCAGUGGACGUUCAGUGGCAGUGAUUGUGAAUUUCAGAACUUAUUUUUUUACAUUUUUUUUUAAUAAUUUAUGUUCGUAUAUUUAAUUCAUCAUGAAGAUUUUAAUGAGAGCGGACACGCAUUACAGUAUUGUUGCUAGGGACAGUGAAUAUGAAAAACCCAAGUAUACUUUUUCUCAGGUGUUGGCAGCAGUUGCGGUGUCCCUGGGGUCCAUGAUAGUGGGCUACUCCUCCGCCUACACCUCACCAGCCCUCGUCACCAUGCAGAACAGCACGCGCAUUUCCGUCUCCGAUGAAGAAGCAAGCUGGGUUGGAGGUCUGAUGCCGCUCGCAGGGCUAGCAGGCGGAAUAAUCGGGGGCCAGCUGGUGGAUUACAUUGGAAGGAAGCGAACGAUACUCUUCACCGCGAUCCCCUUUUUCGUCGGCUGGAUGCUGAUAGCGACCGCGAAAGUAGUACAUUUGGUUUUGGCUGGGCGAGCCAUUUGCGGGCUCUGCGUUGGAAUAGGCUCGUUGGCUUUUCCUGUAUAUCUCGGAGAAACUAUCCAGCCGGAGGUACGGGGGACGCUGGGGCUAUUCCCGACGGCAAUCGGCAAUAUUGGCAUACUGUUAUGCUAUUUAGCCGGAAAGUAUUUGGACUGGUCGGAGCUGGCCUACCUAGGAGCUGCCCUACCGAUACCAUUCAUGCUUAUGAUGUUUGUAAUCCCUGAAACCCCCCGCUGGUACCUGUCGCGAGGCCGGACGGAGGAAGCCAGAAGAGCCCUGCAGUGGCUGCGGGGAAGGAACGCGAAAAUAGACAACGAAAUGAGAGACAUCGCUCUUUGUAACGCGGAGUCUGAAAAGUUGACAUCAGUUAGAGAACUUUUUCAGAUGACUUAUUUGAAAUCGAUAUUGAUAUGCCUAGGUUUGAUGGCGUUUCAACAGCUUUCGGGUAUAAACGCUGUAAUUUUUUACACUGUAAAAAUAUUUGCCAUGUCCGGCAGUUCCGUCGACAAGCAUCUAUCCACGAUCAUAGUAGGUGUAGUAAAUUUUCUGUCCACCUUCAUAGCUACGGCUCUCAUUGACAGGACAGGUCGAAAAAUACUACUGUACAUAUCGUCAGUAACUAUGACUGUUACUCUAGUGAUAUUAGGGGCUUUCUUUUACGUAAGAGAUAGCAUGCAUUUAGAUGUCGAAAGCUUAGGAUGGCUGCCGUUGACUAGUCUGAUGAUCUAUUUACUGGGGUUUUCUUUAGCGUUUGGGCCGAUUCCGUGGCUAAUGAUGGGUGAAAUACUACCGUCCAAAGUGAGAGGAGAAGCGGCAUCUAUAAUCACAGCAUUUAAUUGGCUUUGCUCAUUCAUUGUUACGAAAACGUUCAGCAAUAUAAUAAGCGGUAUUGGACCGGCAGGAACAUUUUGGUUAUUUGGCUGUAUUUGUUUCAUCGGCUUGUUUUUCGUUGUCGUAUGUGUUCCUGAGACACGCGGUAAAAGCUUGGAGCAAAUUGAGAAUACGAUGACGGGGAGACUACCUAGAAGGACUCGAAGACUCAGCUCCAUUGCCAAUAUAAAACCAAUGCCUAGUGGAUGUUAAUUUAAGGAUUUGUUGGCAAUGUAUACUUAUUAAUUAUUAUCUAUUCACUUUGUUAAUGUAGUUUAAUUAAGUUGUUAACAUUAUUUAAUUGAUUGAAGACUGUCAAAUACCUAGUAAAAAAAUGUGCUAUGUUGUAUUUAAUUGUCUUAGUCCAUUGAAAUGUUACAUAUGAGCUUUGCAUUUACUAGAGGACGCAAU